CACAGCCAACAACACCACUCAAACUCCUCCUCCUCUCUUUUCUCCUCGAUCUAUUUGUAACAUAAUCAAUCAAACUCCUUCGAUUCAAUGGCGGUUGAUUCUUCGCUCCCUUCACCUCUAGGACCGCCGGCCUGCGAGAAGGACGCCAAGGCCUUGCACUUUAUCGAACAGACGACUCGGAACGCCGCCGCCGUCCAGGAGAAUGUCUUGGCCCAGAUUUUGAGCCGGAACGCCGAGACUGAGUACCUCCGUCGCCACAAACUCGGCGGCGCCACUGACCGGAAAUCGUUCAGAUCCAAGGUUCCGGUGAUCACCUACGAGGAUCUCCAGCCGGAGAUCCAAAGGAUUGCCAAUGGAGACCGCUCUCCCAUUCUCUCCUCUCAUCCAAUUUCCGAGUUCCUCACCAGCUCUGGUACUUCAGCGGGUGAGAGGAAGCUGAUGCCAACAAUUCAAGAGGAGUUGGAUCGUCGUCAAUCUCUCUACAAUCUCCUCAUGCCAGUCAUGAAUCUCUGUGUGCCUGGUUUGAACAAAGGCAAGGGCUUAUACUUUCUGUUUGUCAAGUCGGAAACAAAGACGCCGGGCGGACUCUUGGCCCGACCCGUUUUGACCAGCUACUACAAAAGCGAGCAUUUCAAGACCCGCCCUUACGAUCCGUACAAUGUCUACACCAGCCCCAACGAGGCCAUCCUCUGCCCCGAUUCGUUUCAAUCCAUGUACACCCAAAUGCUCUGCGGCCUCCUCGACCGCCACCAAGUCCUCCGCCUCGGCGCCGUUUUCGCCUCCGGUCUCCUCCGUGCCAUCCGCUUCCUCCAGCUCAACUGGCAGCAGCUCGCCGCCGACAUCCGAAGGGGAACUCUCAGCUCCAAAAUCACCGACCCGGACCUGAAGAACUGCAUGGAGAAGAUUCUGAAACCAAACCAGGAACUCGCCGAGUUCGUCACCGAACAAUGCGGGGAGGAAAAUUGGGAGGGGAUCAUAACCAGGAUUUGGCCCAACACUAAGUACCUUGACGUCAUCGUCACCGGAGCUAUGGCGCAGUAUAUUCCAACCUUGGAUUACUACAGCGGCGGGUUGCCGAUGGCCUGCACCAUGUACGCUUCGUCGGAGUGUUAUUUCGGACUCAACCUCAACCCGAUGUGUAAACCCUCGGAGGUUUCGUACACGAUCAUGCCCAACAUGGCCUACUUCGAGUUCCUUCCUUAUGAACCAAACUCAAUGAGCCUUGACCCGACAAGGCUCGUCGACCUGGUCGACGUGCAGGUCGGAAAAGAGUACGAGCUCGUCAUCACCACCUACGCCGGGCUCUACCGCUACCGCGUCGGCGACAUUUUAAGAGUCACGGGGUUCCACAACUCGGCGCCGCAGUUCCAUUUCGUGCGCCGCAAGAAUGUCCUCCUCAGCAUUGACUCCGACAAGACUGACGAGGCCGAGCUCCAGCUCGCCGUCGACAACGCCACCAAGCUCGUCCUCGAGAGUCUCAACGCCAGCGUCGUCGAGUACACUAGCUUUGCAGACACCAAGACCAUCCCCGGCCACUACGUCAUAUACUGGGAGCUACUAGUCAAGGACUCGGCCGAGCCGCCCAGCUCGGAAGCGCUAGCGCAGUGCUGUUUGGCGAUGGAGGAAUCGUUGAACUCGGUUUACCGGCAGUGCCGGGUGGCGGACAACUCGAUCGGGCCGUUGGAGAUACGAGUGGUGAAGAGUGGGACGUUUGAGGAGUUGAUGGACUACGCGAUCUCUCGAGGCGCGUCAAUUAACCAGUACAAGGUGCCGCGGUGUGUGAAUUUUACCCCGAUUAUGGAGUUACUGGACUCCAGGGUGGUUUCCAAGCAUUUUAGCCCUUCUUUACCGCAUUGGACCCCUGCAAGGAGGCGGUAAAACAAUUUGGCAUGUCGAGGUGAAAAAGACUUUGUGGUCCUAAAAGUAGCGUAAAAUGUAAUGCAUGUAAUAAGAUUUUGGAUAUUUUUUUGGGUAGAUUUGUUGUUAUGAAAAAGUGCAAGUUGGAUUAGGACGUUGCAGGGUCAGGUUUUGUAUUCUGCUUCGAUUUAUUAGCGUUGUGGAAAAGAAUGUCCAACUUCUGGAGAUGUAAACAUGUCCAAGUGGUCUUCUUUGUAGUCACACAUUUUUGAAUUAUUUGAUUUAGUCAUUUAACUAAAAUACAUUAUUAAUGA